AUGUUUCAUUGUUUGUUGACGAGUGAUAAGAGAUUUUCUUCUGUGCAGAGAUACCCUGUUGAAGCAUACGUGACUAUUGUUGAUGAGGAUGACUUGGUUGCCCUUCUUCCUUCGAGUCCGAUCCUACCAACCGUUAUAGAUCUGGAAAGCACCGAUUUAGGAAUUUCUUGUCAUGAGUAUCCAAAUGAAGGUUUGUCGUUCGAGAUCCGCAUGAAGUGUUUAUCUUCUAACUACCAGAACGUUGGUGGGUUUCUGCUGCGGAAGGAAUUCGCGACUCUUUACACGAAAAUAUGGAAAAGAUACGGCUACAUCGCUACUAGGAGUAUGGUGCAACAUUGCGCGUCUGCUUUGGUUUCCACGGUGAAUUGUCUCUUUCCUAUGGUCGCUGAAAUGGAAAGUAUAUCCAUCUGUGACGUCGCGGAACCAAGUAUUCAAAAAUGGGAGAACAUGGUGUCUACCUGUGAAUCCCUAAAGUUCAACGUGAGUUGGUUGCGACAUCGUCUUGACAUCGUGAAGGUCGACAGAGCCGGUAUUCUCGCUGACGUCGUUCCUGCUGCAAAGGCUAUUUUGGAAGAGCAGAAGGCUCUGGCUAUGGAGUCACAGAAGGUGGAAGAGUUUAUUAAAGAAGAAGAUGUAGCUCGAAUUUUGGAAUUAGGUUCAGUGCAGAUUGCAAACAAGCUGUUUCUUAUUAGACCUUGGUCACCUUUCAUAGAAUCUCAUAUUGAUUCCAUUAAAAUUAUACCAGUGUGGAUGAAUCUCAGGGAUGUAAAAAUUCAUCUCUGGAAUGAUGUUGGUUUAAGUAAGAUUGCCAGUUUAGCGGAGAUACUUGUGAAUGGGGAUAGGAUAAUUGAACAAGAAAAGGUUCUUGGUGAGUGGGUUUCUUAUAAAAGAAAAGAAGGCGCUGAAAAAAAGAAAAAAGAAAAUCACUUACAGAUUCCUACAGGAUACUUGAACCUGUAUGCUAUUCUUAAAAAUGGUCAGCCGGUUGUGGAAGAUGCAACUGAUCCCGCCAUUCCCUCUGGUUUCGAAACCCAAAACAGGUUUCAUGGAUUCAAAGAAGAAAAAGAAUGUGAGGUAACCACUUCCAAGUUAGUUCUGGAAGAUUCUAAUGUUGGUGAACUGACUGGGUUGAUAACAUCUGAUUUGGGUUCAGUAAAAGACGUCGUUAGCGAAAACACUUCACGUGAUCGAGGUUUUAGGGCACUUUCUGAGGCAAGCUAUUCUACACUAUUUAAAAGUACAAUAUGCAUUCUUUUUGCCCUAUCUCCCCAACUUGCUCCACUUCUCGGUCUACUGACGCUUUCUGUGUCAUUUUUUGCUGCUAUAUACAAGAGGUCAACUAUACCUGUCUUCAAAGCACAUGGGAAGGCCCAAGCAUCGAUAUCCGACUGUGCAAGUGAAACCUUUUCAGCUAUUCGCACUGUCAGAUCCUUCAGUGGUGAAAAGCGUCAAAUGUCAAUGUUUGGAAGUCAAAUUCUAGGUUAUCAGGCUAGUGGCAUAAAGCUUGGAACUUUCAAAUCAGCAAAUGAGGCUGUGACAAGAGUUGUGAUCUACAUAUCUUUGUUGGCUCUAUAUUGUCUUGGUGGAAGCAAAGUAAAGGCGGGUGAAUUAUCUGUUGGAGUCAUGGCGUCUUUUAUCGGAUACACGUUCACUUUGACUUUUGCUGUUCAAGGGUUGGUCAACACAUUCGGCGACCUACGUGCAACUUUUGCUGCUGUGGAACGGAUCAAUUCUGUCUUAUCUGGGACAGAAAUUGAUGAAUCCCUUGCUUAUGGCUUAGAAAGAGAACUCCAUAGAAAAGAAGGCUCUAGUGGCAAUCUUGAAUUAUUCUUCGAUAAUGAUUUUACCGAGAAAAAUGUAGCUCUAAAUGAGCAUUACAUGUCAGCGCUGAAGUCAUCUGGUAAUGGGUGUGGUGUAGCUUGGAACGGCGAUAUUAGUCUUGAAGAUGUUCACUUCUCAUAUCCUUUGAGGCCUGAUGUUGAAGUCUUAAACGGUAUUAACCUAACACUUAAAUAUGGUACCGUAACUGCUCUGGUGGGUUCAAGUGGUGCAGGGAAAAGUACAAUCGUUCAACUAUUGGCUCGUUUCUACGAGCCAACCAGAGGUCGCAUAACUGCAGCAGGAGAGGAUGUAGAAACCUUUAAUAAGAGUGAAUGGGCUCGUGUAGUCUCUAUUGUGAAUCAGGAACCUGUCCUCUUCUCGGUUUCUGUUGGAGAAAACAUUGCGUACGGCCUUCCAGAUGAUAACGUUUCCAAAGAGGAUGUGAUCAGGGCAGCCAAGGCUGCGAAUGCACACGACUUCAUUAUUUCCCUUCCACAGGGUUACGAUACACAAGUAGGUGAACGCGGAGGCUUGCUGAGUGGAGGGCAGAGACAGAGAAUAGCCAUUGCUAGAGCUCUACUCAAGGAUGCACCAAUUUUGAUACUGGACGAGGCGACCAGUGCUUUAGACACUGUAAGUGAGCGCUUGGUCCAGGAUGCUCUUAACGUAUUGAUGAAGGGGAGAACUACACUGGUGAUUGCUCAUCGACUAAGCACUGUUCAGAACGCUUACCAGAUAGCUCUCUGUUCUGAUGGGAAAAUCGCAGAGUUGGGGACUCAUUUUCAGCUGUUAGCAAAGAACGGUUUAUAUGCAUCUUUGUUUGGGACACAACGACUUGCAUUUGAGUGACUCCAAACAACAAUCUUCUCUUCUGCUGCAACGAACAAAAUUGCAAGCGCAAGCCAUAGAGUAUGUUGCAAGUGUUCUUUUGGUUUAAUUCUGUAUAAUACAUAGUGAUAGUCAUACAGACUGUACGCCGCAAAAUACUACACUGAAAAAGAUGUUAUCAUAAUUGAUAUUUUGUCAAUUUUUGCUCAAGGCUUUUAAUCACUAGGUAUGCAAGUAUGUACCUAGGGAGACUAAUGAGGUAGCUGAUCUUUUAGCCAAGGAGGCUAGAAACAGCAAAACCAAUGUAGUAUGG